AUCCAUGUAGUUAGUCAUGGAAUGCUAUGGUGUCAGUAAAGCCAAUGUCAAUCGAUUAAGUGCUGCAAAUGCCAACUCUUUUAUACCUCGCUGUACGGUUCAUUUAAAAAGUACCCGUCAAUUAGUCAGAAAAGAUAAGGAUUGCGAUAGAGCAGCGUUGUCAUUAAGUGGUCGGUAGUUUCAGUGCAUGUCCCAGCGCAAACAUGAACAGCACAUGGGUGGGCACGACUCCAGACACGGAAAGCGUAACCCCGCCACCAGACUUUGGGGUGGUGGUGACCCAAAUACCCACUUACACCCUCAACGGGGUGGGGGCAGGCGCACUGCCGCUAACUGUGGACUGGAAGCCGAUGAGGGUGCGGUGCCCGUCUUGCAAGGGUGAGGUCACAACCAGUCUGGUCACCGCCCCCACCCGGAAAACCCACCUGUGUGCUCUGACCUUGUACAUUUGCUGCUGCUGGCCCUUCGUGUGCCUGCCCUACUUCAUCAACUACUGCAAGAGUGUCCAGCACUACUGCCCCAACUGUGGAUGCCACAUUGGGAGCUAUGCUGUUUGAAAUAACCAACUUUUUUGCACUGCCAACCAGCAUUUACGGUCUUAUUAUCAAGGACUUCAAGACCAUUCGGGGAUAUAUAUUUUAUAUCUUACAGUUUUUUUAACAUUAACUUGUUAAUCUGAGUUCUGGUUUAACUUCAAUUAACAUUUUAACAAAUAAAAUAAAUGAGCCACAAAUAAAUGCCCUA